AUGGCAAACGCGCGAGCACAAUUAGCCGCUCAGCGAAGCCUCGUAUCGUCGGCCUCAAAUUCACCACCAUCGUCAAAACAUGGCGCGACGCCCGAUGGACGCGGAACCAAGCGGCCAGCCGACGCCCCCGUCUGCGAUCUCGAUCCUGCUCAAAAGCGGCCCCAGCACUUUUCCACAGGCCCUCUCGCGGAGGGGAUCUCCAGGAAGCUCGGCCCGAUUGAUUUUUGGGCAAGAGAAGGACAUUGGCCGCGAGAAUACUUUGAACUCGACAUGGAACACAUACUUGAAAGGCAGAGUCUCCUGGCCCCUCGCAGGCGAUCGAGUUCCGCGACAUCGAUAACGCCCAGCGAUCAGAGACCGAGGGAGGAGAAGAGUGCUCCGUAUCGGGAUCCGUGUUACGAAAUCAUUCUCGGGACCAAAGGCAGUUUCAUGACCAAGUCCAACCUCGAUAUCACCAACGCAAAUAAGGCUCUUUGUCGGACUCUACUUGAGAACUCUCAACCGACCCCCGAAGACUCGUUGUUCCGCGAUGAUAUCUUCCAAGCUACCUGUGACAUGAUACAUAACCGUAACGAGGCACGCGUCAUUCGGGACAUCACCAGGCUUAUCGUCCCCUCGGCAGAGAGCCUUGCUACAUUCGGUGCGAAACACCUCGACCACCUGGUUGAGAGUGUCAACGAAGGAUGGAACAGCGCAAUCCCUUUGGUAGGGGCUCGACCACAACCCGACUACUCUGUUGGGUUCAGACGCGAGGCGUUUAACGACGGCCAACUCGCGAAGCUAUCGCCGUUUGUCGGUGAUUUUAUGGCUAGGGAUCUGUCGUUCUUCAUGGCCACCUACUAUCUGUACUUCCCGUUUCUAACGUGCGAGGUGCAGCGUGGGGCUGGAGCACUCAAUGUCGCGGACCGCCAGAACGCACACAGUAUGACGCUUGCUGUACGGGCGGUUGUUGAACUUUUUCGUGUAGUAAAGCGCGAGGGCGAGGUUCAUCGACAGAUCCUCGCCUUCUCCGUCUCCCACGACGACGAAUCGGUACGUAUCUAUGGCCAUUACGCGGUGAUUGAUGGGGAGGAUACCAAGUACUACCGCCAUCCGAUCCGUAAAUACACUUUUGCAGAACCAGAGGGCAAGGAGAAAUGGACGGCGUAUCGGUUCACCAGAAAUCUUUACGAUGUAUGGAUGCCUAUGCAUUUCCAGAGGAUCUGUUCAGCUAUCGAUCAGUUGCCCUCCGAUCUGAAUUUGGAGGCCCUGUCCGGGAGGGCAACGGGGCUAAGCUAG